ACUACGCCUACACCGAAUUUUCACCGAAGAUGAAUGGCGGACGUUGGGUUUACGCUGGGUGAAAUCGUUAGGUGUGGGCACGGGCGGGGAAACCUUCAUCGCCGGAUAUAUGCUGCUUUUCCUCGGAAGAUACACUCGUGAUCAUCUCUGUAGGAAUAUUACUGUGGUUUCUUCAAGAUGAGAGACCGACUGGGAUCGUUUAAGAGGGGGGAUGAAGAUGAUGUGGGGCCAGAUGAUGUGUCGGUCAACGUGGACAGCGAGAGGUACAUGGAUGAGUUCUUUGAGCAGGUGGAAGAAAUUCGCAAUAACAUUGACAAGAUUGCCAGCAAUGUUGAGGAGGUCAAGAAGAAGCACAGCGACAUUCUCUCAGCUCCGCAGCCUGAUGAGAAGGUGAAGGAGGAACUGGAGCAACUAAUGGCCGACAUCAAGAAGACGGCAAACAAAGUCAGGGGAAAGUUAAAGGUUAUGGAACAGAGUAUCGAGCAGGAAGAAAACUCUAAGAUGAACUCGGCUGAUGUCAGGAUAAGAAAGACCCAGCACUCAACGCUCUCGCGGAAGUUUGUAGAAGUGAUGACCGAUUACAACAACACACAGACGGACUACCGAGAGAGGUGUAAGGGGCGCAUCCAACGACAGCUGGAGAUCACUACUGGAAAGUCUACCACAGACGAAGAGCUGGAAGACAUGUUGGAGAGCGGGAACCCUGCGAUAUUUACAUCUGGUAUCAUCAUGGACACGCAGCAGGCUAAACAGACGCUGCGCGAUAUCGAAGCCCGACACAACGACAUCAUCAAGUUGGAGAACAGCAUCCGAGAGUUGCACGACAUGUUCAUGGACAUGGCCAUGUUGGUAGAAAGUCAGGGAGAAAUGAUUGACAGGAUUGAGUACAACGUAGAGCAAUCAGUGGACUACGUAGAAACAGCCAAGAUGGACACCAAGAAAGCUGUCAAGUAUCAAAGCAAAGCUAGGCGGAAAAAGAUCUGUAUCAUGGUGUGCUGUGGGGUCCUGCUGACGAUCAUAGUCAUUGUCAUUAUCUCGUCGGUUGCUCCGUCGUGAUACUGCUUCCCACCACAUGAGGGCGCACUUCUCCAUCUGACCACCUCCUCUCUUUCCAUCUUGUGGGACCAAGUGGCACCUGCACCAUUUCCGAAUCAGCUGGACACUGUACCUGUUACUGUGCGGGUCGGUAUGGCAUGGGGGGGGGACUAGACCAUCAUUCCAUUCCUUCCCCAGUGGGGGUGGUUGCCGUAACGUCUGUAGAAAAGUUUGUGGAAAAUGGUGGCACUGGUUGAGAUUUUGAAGGUACAAUGUAAAACAUGAAGCAAAGACAAAGAAAACAGGAAAACUUAAGCUAGCAAAAUUUGAGGUCAGGAAUAUUUAACAAGCAAAAUGGGAAAGAAAGUAACUAUCACAUGACUACUUGUAGCUAUUCUGUAAAAUGAGACUCUCUUUAUGAAACUUACCGUAAUAUCAGUUUCCACUUGACUUUCUAAAUACAUGUAGACUAGUAUAUGAUACCAUUAGGAAAUGUGAAGACCAAAGGGAAGGGUUGGUGGGGCUGUUUUGCUUUUUUGGGGGGAAGGAAAGGGGGGGUUGAAUAUGUUCAUGUGGAUUAGAAUGUAAGGAUCAGUUUCGCUCCACUGUGUCCACUGCACGGACGUUUGCAGGAUGCCUCCGUGGUCUUGAAUUUUUGGCAGGAUCGUCAUUCUAGAAGUAGGACUUUGCUGGGAAAACUGUGACCCACAACCAACUGUAUCAUCAACUCCUGAGUUGGCUAAACUGUGUAAGGUCAUCCAGAUUUGGAUUCUGAAGCCCCGCCUGGCGUGUCAAUGUAGCGAACUGUCCGGUACCUUUUCUGUGGGUACAGACUGGUGACUCUUUCUCAAGUAUAAAUACGUCUGGAUGUGCAUAUACAUGUAUAUUGCCAAGUUUGUGGGAGUCAAACCGACAUGCCCUACAAAAUGAGGCAGAGGUAUCAAAGGAAACAUAAAAGGCUGCUUGUAAUUCAGAGAAAUAAAGUCGUAAAACUAUUUAGAAUUACAAAGUAGAAUAUUCUACAGAUGCUUAAAUUGUAUUUAUGAAGAAAUAGUUCUACAUACAUGUAUAUUCAUCGGAUAUCCUUCUAAGCGUGUGUGAGGUUACUGAUUUGUCACUUUUUUUUCCUUGUCGAUUCUUUCAUCCAUCUCAGAAGAGAUCCUGCUCCAGUUUUUUGCUUAAGUACUGGAUGCGCUGUGAGAUUAUUUUUAGGUUUUUUAUCGUGGAGUUGCUUUGGACAUUUUUACCUAAAUAUAUAUAUAUCUGCAUAAUUUUCAGUGUUUGAUUCUCAGAUAUAUGAGAGAAUCAUUUAUGAUUUAUCAGUUGGCCUGAGUUUUGUAAGGAUGUGUCAUACACGCAUGUAGAAAAUAGUUUUCAGUGAUUGAAAUAUGAGUGAAUUAUAAAAAAAACGAACAUUUUGAGGUGAAAAGUUGUAGAAUUCACAAACACUACGUGUUUGUUACUGUGUAACCUACAUUUACACAUGGAAAGUGUAUAUUCCAUCUUUGUAAUCAAAAGUGAAAAUACAGUGUAAAUUUUACUCAGUAGCUGAUUUGUAUUUCCACGUAGAGAAACCCCAGGUUUGUUAUCAUUUAUGCAAGUGGGGAAGUUUUUGUCUCCCCUCAAAGUGAGCAUCAGUGUCGCGUUUAAAUGAAGAAUUUGAUUGUUUGGGAUUUCUUAUUAGAAAAGUUUUGUUCUGGCGUGAAGAUGUUGAGAUGUGUGUAUCGAUGCUGCCCCCCGUGUUUACCCCAUCACCUCAUUGAUAUGGAACAAAGUACUUGUAGGUUGGGCCUUCUUUUUAUGAAUGGAAAAAAUUUGUAUUUGGCCUCGUAAGAAUUACUAGGCUGAUCUUUGUUUCUCUGGUCACAAAACUUUUGAUCGCUAAUCAAAUCGAUGACGAAUCAAAUCAUGAACAGCCAGAUGCGCAGUGGGUGUUGCGAUCUCGUCACUGCAAGACAGUCACAAUUCAUCUGAUGCCAAAUCAUGUGACCAGUUCACAUGAACCAUGGUGAAGGCCUCCUUUUGUUGUCAUCGUUCCCAAAACACCUGACUUCACUUGUGGCAUGACUAGCUAGACAUGUACCUGUAGGCAAACUGGGCGUGAUGUGUGAUUACUCUUUGUGAUGGACUAGAGUACAUCUGUCCACUGGCCCUCUGUUGAACUAGCUGAUGUCCAAUGAGAACAUUUUCGAGUGCCUCAUGACAGUGGAACCCAGUGUCAUGGCUAUGCUAACCACAGAAAUUGGGCUUUUUAUGGUCACAUCAUUCUUGCAAAGAAAUCCCCGAAAGCGCCGAAUCUGCAAAUCUCAUACUCCUCACUGACUCUUGAGAUGCACCCACCAUCGGCAAGGACUUGUCUGCUGCAGUAAGGCACAUCUUCUUUGCUUCUAGAUUUAGUACAACCAAUGGAAAUGUCCUAAAGUGUCAGGUACCAGCAAGGACACAAAGCUGCCAAAACCCUGUCAGUUUGUACAACCGAAACACAUUUAGAAGUGUGCCUUCAGAGUGCAUACACGCAGAGUACAUGUUAUUGCUGUUCCUCAUGCAUAUUCACAGUUGAGAGCUGAAUCCUUAUUUGUCUUGUUUGUCCAUUUACCAUCACCUGCCAACUGCCAUUCUCGCUAUUUUCGUGCAGGUUUAAAAAAAACAGCACACGAACGCAUGUUUUUUUGUGGAUGUUGCCUACAGUGAUAGUUUACAUGUAGCACAUCUGCAUACACGUUUCAUAGCAAUCUUUGACCAAUCACUUUGGGCUAGUACACACAACUGAGCAUGGGCCUUUUCCAUCUUACAUUUUUCCUUCUGGGAUGGAUAAUCAAUGUUGGCUCCCUUAGGUGCGGGAAGUUAACCAACUGGUUCCAAAGGGCAAAGUUCACUGUUAGCGUGGAGCGUGAUUUGACAAUCUGCAUGAUUACCUGAUCGUGCUGUGUGAUUGGCAGAUCCUGUUGUAAAUCUCCAACUUUACUUUCCUUAAAAAACAAAAGAAAACAAAACAAUCUUCCACAUCCGCAAAUUAGAAAAGGCUGAUGGCUGCUCACAGAAUUUUUGACAAAGCAUGGAAUAAAAUCUGCUGAUCUCGCAGAGCUUGAUCGUUGACACAGAUCAACCCAUCACGUCAGCAUGAGUAUUGCUCACCGAACCCUAUUCGACCUCAAGGCUACACGUAGGAGUAAGUUUGAUCCAAAAAACAUCUCAACCAAACUGUGACACACAUUCCUCAAGCACACGUUGCUGCAUCGUGGGAGAGCUAUUUGCAUAUGGGUAAUUCCAGAAAUUAGGGUUACAAAAGUGGGACAUUUUUGUGUCCCUGUUACAUCUGACCUUUGUUAUUUGACAGGGAAAUAUCACCAGCAUUGAUUUCUAACUAUUAGUAUUUGGUAGCUUGGUAGGUAAAUUUCCAUGAAUUCAUCACUCUUGGAAAUUAGAAAGUCUGUUCUGAACUGAAAAAAUCCUAUGUUACAUGUAGAUGUGACAGGGGCACAGGAAAAAAAACGGACCCCUAAUAUCUGGAAUUACCCAUAUCUUGUAAGUCGUACACUGUGAAAUUGGAGUCAGGACUGAGCCAGUUUUUUUACUCCCAUCAGCACAUGCUUAAUAUGAGACUAUUCAGGAACAGCUGCAUGCGGGCGAGUCUGUCCUCUCAGCACAGCCCCAUGCUGACUCAUGUGAGCGCUUUAUUCCCGAUAGACCUUAGCUUUGUGAAAUACCGAAGUGGCCCAUAUCAUACAGAAGAGGAUGGGGUAAUCUUCCCAUGCCACUGUGUAAACUGAUAAAUACGCACACCUGUGUAAAGUGAACGGUACAAAGCCGUCACGGUGUCAGAAAUCUUUGGGUACGGAGUACUCUAAAACCAUUCCGGAUAACAUUUUGUGAGAAAAUACAAUGUCUUAGUUUGGGAAAAAAAGGGCCUGUUUAGUUCCAUCAGAUACGAGCGUGCAAUAUAAAGCCAACGACAGUUGCUGGGGGUGGGUCAAGGACACGCCUUCCUCAAAAUCUGCCCUCAGAUUAUGCAUGGCUGUAGUGAAAAAACUUGCUGGCAGAUGUUUCAUGAAAGUUAAAGCAGGGAAAAGACCCAAAAAAAAGGACAGAAGACUGGUAUCAGUCCAAUCCUAAUUUGCCAUUACUUUUUGUGUGUGUGCUAGAGGCACGUUUUAUUCUUAGUAUGGUUGCAUGAAGAGCGAUUGAAGAUUAAAAAGAAUUUGUACAUAUUAUAAGCAUUUAUUGUCAAUACAACUUACAGUAUGUAAUCAUUGAUAUUUAUAUAUAUAUAUUCAACCUUUUUACAUGUAAGGUGUCAGUGCCGUUUACGUUUUGGAAGUUUUAGCAGUAGUUGAGCCUGGUACAGCGUAAGCUCGAUUGAGAUAGGGGUUCAGAGUUUUUGUAAAAACCUGUCAUUUUUAAAGAACAAAGUUCCAGCAGUUGUUUCCAUUUUUGUCUUACAGUGUAGUGUGUGCAUGAAAUUACAAAGUUUCCUUUUUCUUUUUAGUUUGUUACCAAAGAGACACACUUUCCUGCGGGAAUGUUUUGCGAAAGUUUCUGGAAUUCUUCAGUCUUGUUUGGAAACAGUCAAGUCAUUUUAGCCAAUAGAGGGGGCUGUUUGAUUCUGUGAUUCUCUCUCUUAAUUCCCUCCCCCAAUAAAAAGAGGGAAGAAUUUAUUUUAUCAGGAAAAUCAAAUAAAGGUUUAAUGAUAAACUCUAAAACUCUGGUCUUCUACAUGAAAUCAGAGUUUUAGAAUUGAAAACCGAAGCUGAGCCAAACUGACCUUUCUUUUAUUUGUUGUUCACAUCGCUGUAAAAAAUACAUUCCACAUUUAUCCUAUUUGGCAUCCAUUUAUUCCCAUCUGUGGUCGCGAACCAUUAUAAAAAUACUGUUUUUCUUUUGUCAAAAUAUAAAUACAUACAUGUUUUAUCAGUGUUCAAAUGUUGUAUACUGUUUGUAUAUUGGAGUAUUCAUGUACUUCACUGUAGCCUAGCAGGAGAAAAAAAGAAAUAGACGAAGUCGUUAACGAUGUCUUAUUUAAAUCUUCUUGUACAUGUAGAGAGUAGUCUGAAGCUAUCAGCAAAUUUGCCCUGCUUGUUCCCAAGGCAUUGUAGAAUAUUCAGUGGAACCAUAUUUCUCUGAAAUAAAAUAUUAAGUACUCUA